CCUGGGGGUCCCUGCCUGUGCCGCUGCACCCGCGGGUGCUGGGUGCGCUGCAGGAGCUGGGCUUCCCGUCCAUGACGCCCGUGCAGGUAUCCGUCCUGGGCCAGGUGGGAGGAGUCCGGCGKCGCGGCGGGCACCCGAGCCGACCAGCCGCUAGGGCCACUCCGCUCGCGCUGGGUUGUCCGCCYUGAGCCGCGGCUUUUGCCUCGUCUCGGGCGGUGUCGGCGAUGCGAAGCGGUGGAUCAGGCAGCCACGGUGGUCUUGGCCUCCGCCCUGGGCUACUGGGGCUUAGGACCUGGUUUCUAUCCUGACCCUUCCACUCUAGCUGUGAGACCUCGGACAAUAACUUCACCUUUCUGCUUCAUUUUCCUUCUCUGAAUGACGGAGUCUGCAACCAUCCCUCUGUUCAUGAGAAAUAAAGACGUUGCUGCAGAAGCGGUCACAGGUAGUGGCAAAACACUGGCCUUUGUCAUCCCCAUCCUGGAAAUUCUUCUGAGAAGGGAAGAGAAGUUAAAAAAGAGUCAGGUGGGAGCCAUAAUCAUCACCCCAACUCGAGAGCUGGCCAUUCAAAUYGAUGAGGUCCUGUCGCAUUUCACGAAGCACUUCCCACAGUUCAGCCAGAUUCUUUGGAUUGGAGGCAGGAACCCUGGAGAAGAUGUCGAGAGGUUCAGGCGACAAGGGGGAAAUAUCGUAGUGGCGACUCCAGGCCGCCUGGAGGACAUGUUCCGGAGRAAGAGUGAGGGCUUGGACCUCGUCAGCUGUGUGAAGUCCCUGGAUGUCCUGGUGCUGGAUGAGGCAGACAGACUUCUGGAUAUGGGAUUUGAAGCAAGCAUAAACACCAUUCUGGAGUUUUUGCCAAAGCAGAGGAGGACGGGCCUUUUCUCUGCCACACAGACACAGGAAGUGGAGAACUUGGUGAGAGCAGGCCUCCGGAACCCUGUCCGCAUCUCAGUGAAGGAGAAGGGUGUGGCKGCCAGCAGCACCCAGAAGACCCCCUCCCGCCUGGAGAACUACUACAUGGUGUGUAAGGCAGAUGAGAAAUUUAAUCAGUUGGUGCAUUUUCUUCGAAAUCAUAAACAGGAGAAACAUCUGGUCUUCUUCAGCACCUGCGCCUGUGUGGAAUACUAUGGAAAGGCUCUGGAGGCCCUUGUGAAGAAYGUGAAGAUAAUGUGCAUUCAUGGAAAGAUGAAACACAAGCGCAACAAGAUCUUCAUGGAGUUCCGCAAGUUGCAGGGUGGCAUUUUGGUGUGCACUGACGUGAUGGCGCGGGGGAUCGACAUUCCUGAAGUGAACUGGGUUUUGCAGUAUGACCCUCCCAGCAACGCCAGUGCCUUUGUCCAUCGCUGUGGCCGCACAGCCCGCAUUGGCCAUGGGGGCAGCGCCCUGGUGUUUCUCCUGCCCAUGGAAGAGUCGUACGUCAAUUUCCUGGCAAUUAACCAAAAAUGCCCCCUGCAGGAGAUGAAACUUCAGAAGAAYACAGUGGACCUGCUGCCCAAGCUCAGGGCCCUGGCCCUGGCCGACAGAGCGGUGUUUGAAAAGGGCAUGAAAGCCUUUGUGUCCUGUGUCCAGGCCUAUGCAAAGCAUGAGUGCAGCCUCAUCUUCAGAUUGAAGGAUCUUGAUUUUGCUAGUCUUGCUCGAGGUUUCGCCCUGCUGAGGAUGCCCAAGAUGCCAGAACUGAGAGGAAAGCAAUUUCCAGAUUUUGUGCCUGUGGACAUUAAUACAGACACGAUUCCAUUUAAAGAUAAAGCUAGAGAAAAGCAGAGGCAGAAACUAUUAGAGGAACAAAGAAAAGAGAAAAUGGAAAAUGAAGGGAGAAGAAAAUUCAUGAAAAAYAAAGCUUGGUCGAAGCAGAAGGCCAAAAAGGAAAGGAAGAAAAAGAUGAAUGAWAAAAGGAAAAGGGAAGAGGGUUCUGAUAUCGAAGACGAGGAUAUGGAGGAACUUCUUAAUGACACAAGGCUCUUGAAAAAGUUUAAGAAAGGCAAAAUUACUGAAGAACAACUUGAGAAGGGGUUGUUGACAAGUGGCAAAAGAAGAGCCACAACAGCAGAUUUGGAGAURUCAGAUUUGGACGAUGACUGCUGAUUCCAAUGCCUUAGGUGAAGCACAGGUGGGCACAAGUGGCCCCUCACUCAGGGGACACUGAAAAGAGUCCAUCCUGGAAGCUAUUCUUUCACGCUGGGAAGCAAUGAGGGGAUUUCUCACUUGGGAAUACUUCUCUCAGAGCACACUAGUCUUGAAGAAAAUCUGAGUGUAAAUAAUAGAUGUCAGUGUUUUGGUGAGUCACCUGUAGCUAACUGUAGCUAAAGAGCGUUUUUUCCCCCAAGGUUAUUUUUGUAAGUUUUUUUUUUUUUUUAACAGAUACCGAGGUGUACUUAGGAACUUUAAAAAACCUAAAUAAAGUCAAGUACACCUUGAUAUCUUUAAAGUAUUUUUAAAGUUCCUCAGUACGUCCAGGCAGUGACCUUUCUGUGUGCCCGUGGCCCCUAGACUUCUUAUCCUUUGCCCUGCACUGAGCACCUGCAGAGGUGGUGAAUGUACUGAGGUUUCUUUUUUAAUAUUCUCAGGGCUACUUUAUUAGUGAAUAUCUGAAGACCAGGAAACACUUCAUAUUCUGGGAAUGAAUUAUUACAUGGUUUUUCGUUCUAUUGGAUAAAGAGUAUAUCCUUGUC